AUGUCUGAGAACGACGCGAAGAAGAAUGACGCACAGUUCUACUCUGUCGGUGUGCAGACCGGUUCGGACGAUGCAGGUAUCAUCGACGCUGACUAUGAAAGAAUCGUCUGCAUACCGUCAGUUGAAAGUAUAGAGCUUAAUGAAUAUCAUACACAGAAACACGAUGGUUUGACACUGGUUGAUGAAGAUGAAGAAGACUUUAACCUCCCAGGAAAUCCUUUGACAAAGGCAAUUGACGAUAUGGACCAAGUCGUUACCGAAUACUGUUCGCAACACAAACGUGUUAUCAAGUAUAUUAUACUGUGUAUAGUGAUUGUGCUUUAUUUGGUAUAUUUCGCAUUCGCUAUGAAAUGCAGUGGUCUAGAAGAUGGUCUGGGUUUAUUUGUAAUGACGAUCUGCGCAGUCGUAUUCGCUCUCUAUAAGUUCAUACAGAUUCACUGGGGAGCCAAAAUAUACAAGCUGAGCUGUGGUAUAGGUGUAGGUUAUGUCAAGAAAAAGUGGAUGAUUUUUCAAUGGAUCGUGCCGCUAGUAUUAGUGGCUUUGUUGAUAGUGUUUGCAGCGCUGAUGGGAGUUUUUCAAACUAUGUACAGAAGCCCAGCUCAACUCAAGUCUGCAUUUGGAAUGGUGGUGCUAAUUCUAUUUAGUUGGGUCUUCUCCAAAUAUCCUGGAAGGGUACAGUGGAAUACAGUAUUUUGGGGAAUGGGCCUGCAACUUUUCCUGGGAAUAUUCAUUCUGCGGACUACCGUCGGCUUUCAGACUUUCAAAUUUCUUGGCGAUACAUUACAGACAUUCCUCGAGUACACAGAUGUGGGGUCCAUAUUCGUCUUCAAUGCACCCCUAGAAGUUCAUUUCUUUGCAUUUAAGGUUAGCUCUGCUUUUAAUAACUAA